AUGUGGUUGAUAUCGGUUGUGUUUGUUUUACUGUGCUUCUGCUUUCAGCCUGUGACAUCGGUAAACUGCAGAGAUGCCCUUACCUAUCUGGGAGGUUCACCGCCUGAUGAGUACGACAAUAAACUCGUUCUCAUAAUGGCAGAUGACAACUCGGAAGAAAAGGUAAUAUCUAUAAUAUAUUAUAGUUGCUCAUUGAGUUUUCUGCACCUUCAGCUACGUCGUUUUGAAUUUUAACCUUUUUUAUAGAUAAUAAAACGGUUGAAGUUGAUUUUUGAGCGAAAAUAUUAAGGUAACGUUGUUUUACUUGCAACGUUUUUUAAUUUUAGGUAUUAACAACAUUUUACUGCCUUUUUGGUCACUGGAAAAACGUUAGCACAUCGGUUUAUAUCUGUAUAACUGUGGAUUCUGAUCUGAAGUGUUUUGAUAUUCGAGAUGGAAACGAGUUUGACAACUACAUCAUUGCUCGUCACUAUGGUCGCCAAUAUUGUAGUAGGUCUUUUUCUAUUGUGUUAUUGCUGUUUUAGACAAAGUUAAUAGCCUAAUAUUAUGCUUAUUGAUGUUAUUAUACAUAAAUGUUUAAGUUUCAAUUCGAUUUCAUGUUAUUUUUCCAACUUCUUGCCUAGUGUAAUAUAAAUUUCUCAAAAUAAAAAAAAAUAUUUCAGGUAACUGUAUAACAAUAACUGAUAGAAAGCUGAAAAUUGACAGAAUUGUACUGACUUCUGAGACCACAACGACAUUAGUGGACAAGGUAGGACUUGGAGAUGUUCGAUCUGUGAUUGUCGACUUGUUUUACAGAGGUUUGGCUGAUAACAACAUCCGGUUUAAUGGAUUAAGGAUCGAUGUUGAUGGUGAGCAAGAUUUUGUCUAAUUUAUUGUAUUUUAUAUGGUUUUACCAUGGUUUUGGUCGUAUUUUACUAUUGUUUGGAUCUUGUUUUACAUUUUUAUUUUGUUUCUUUAUUGUUUUUACGUUUCUUUUGAAUUUUAGGUAACAUUUUAGAUAUAUAGUUGCGUUAUAUGUUAUUAUUAUGAUAACAAAGUAAAAUCAAUCUUUUAUAUUGAUAUUUAAAAGAUAAAUCGUAUAAAAUUAGGCUUGUGUUUCGAUGUUAAUAAUAAUAAUGUUGUAGAUGCGACAGAUCAACAGUUCACUGACUAUUUUGCCAAAUUACUGACUAAAAACACGAGAAAACAAAUUGAGUAUGUUUAUGUGACAAGAUACGACGUUCUGCCACAAUUUCCGUACAAAUACGUCUACAAUCCUGCUUGGUAUGUGUGUUAUAGUAUCUUGUGGUGAAUGGUUUAGGUUUACAAUGUAAAAAGGUUUAAUUUUAAAAAGAUUUUGUAAAAUAUUAAUCAUGAUGGCUUAAUAUUACGUAUGAUAUAUUGCUUUAGGCUGCAAUUGUUACUCAUUUUGAGCAAAACUCUGGCCGUGGUUGGAUUGAUGUACUUGCCGAUGAUCAUGUUCAUUUACAUCAUGUUCAAAACAUACGUGAUUCACGACUGGUUACGGGAAUGUAAGUCGGUACUUUAGUGUAUAUAUUAUCGUUAUGGAAAUAUACUAAUUAGGAGUAUGUUAUAGCUAUGUAAGACUUAUUAUUAUAGCAAUUUAAGUAUAGUAAUCUUGAUGAUUUUACACUUUAUGACCAUAUUUUAUGACAUACUGUAAUAUGUUUUCAGUGCUACUGUAUCAAUGGAACUUGGAGCGGAAUAUGCUACAGCAAAAUGCAGAAAGGGACCCAGUAAGAAGAUUUUAGUUACUUUACAUUUUUUUUUCAGGACUCGAGGGAUGAUUUUGAUAUGAAAAAAAAGGGGGGGGGGAAACAAAUCUUUGCUUACAGGCGUUUGGAUAAUUUUUUUGAAGAUUAACGUUGGAGAGGGGACAUUUUAAAUGUUUUUUUAAUUUUUUUUUCGUUUUUUUCUGUCUUCCUUUUCGCUCCUUCAAUUUCUUUGGUACACGUUAGCACUAUUACAUUACUUUAUUAUAGCAUAUUUUACUUUUUGCAGCUCCUUGAAUGA